UUCCAGGUAGUAGAUCAAGAUGCAUUUGUUAGCCCAGUCAUGUCAGGUAGAGUCUCUGGUCUUGUUGCUCUUGUUACUGGAGCUGCCAGUGGCAUUGGACUAGCUACCAGUCGUCAUCUUCUUAAAUCAGGAGCAAAGGUUGGUGCUAUUGAUAUAUCUACUAAUCUCAAAUCAACUUGUGAUGCUUUGGGAAAAGAAUUUGGUUCAAGUAACAUAGCCUACCUUCCUUGUGAUGUAUCUGAUGAUGAUGCAUUGAAAAGUGCUUUUAAGGAAACAAAGGAACAGUUUGGUUCACUAGAUAUUGUUGUUAACAAUGCUGGAAUAUUUGAUGAGGACAAUUGGGGGAAAUUGCUUAAAGUUAAUCUGCAAUCUGUCAUUAGUGGGACUUACAAUGCAAUGGAGUUAAUGUCACCUGAUAAAGGAGGAGUGAUAGUUAAUACUGCAUCUGUAUCAGGUUUGAGUCCUCUGCCUUUUUGUCCUGCUUAUUCGGCAUCAAAAAGUGGAAUCAUUGCAUUCACUAAAGCAAUGAAGAAUAAUUUAGAGCUCAGGGGUAUUAAAAUUAGAAUAAACUCCAUUUGUCCCGCUGGUGUUGAAACUGCAAUGGUCAUGAAUGCAGGAAAAGUGAUUAUGUCAAUGCCUCAGCCAAUUAUAGCUGCGGCUACAGCAUCAGCUGGUGAAUUAAUGAAGCCUGAGUUCAUAGCUGAAGGUAUAAUGGAGCUAAUUACUGAUGCUAGUAGAAAUGGUGCAAUUCUCAUGAUAGAGCCAGACAAAGGAUUCACAUAUGUGGAAUAAUGAGAACACUGAUUUGCAAUUACUAUUUCUAUUAUGUAGCUAGUAUUAAAGCUUAUUUCAUGAUCUAUAGUAUAGUCUUGCUUAAUGAAAAUUUGAUCUAAA